UACCCUCUCUCAACUAAUUAACCUUUAAAGAUUUUGCCAGCCUAAGUAAGAUCUUAGAGCUCUGUCUCUUCUUCUCCUUGCUUCUUUACAAACAAUGGACGGCAGUUGUUUGAACGGAAGAGUCCUUGUAGUUACUCUAUUGCUUUCCAUUGCUGCCAGCUUGGGGGAAAGCCAGGGAACGCGAGUCGGGUUCUACUCAAGUACAUGUCCUCGAGCUGAGUCCAUUGUGAGGUCGACGGUUCAAUCUCAUUUCAGGUCUGACCCCACUGUUGCUCCUGGAUUGCUCCGUAUGCACUUCCAUGACUGUUUUGUCCAGGGAUGCGAUGCUUCCAUCCUUAUUGAUGGACCUAACACUGAGAAAACCGCCCCACCAAACCUUUUGUUGAGAGGAUACGAAGUCAUUGAUGACGCCAAGACUCAGCUUGAAGCUGCAUGCCCUGGAGUUGUUUCAUGCGCUGAUAUUCUAGCCCUUGCUGCUCGUGAUUCUGUAGUUCUGACCAGUGGAGCUACCUGGGCAGUGCCUACAGGACGCAGAGAUGGAAGGGUUUCUCAAGCAUCUGAUGCCGCAAGUUUGCCAGGCUUCCGUGACUCUGUAGAUGUGCACAAGCAAAAAUUUGCAGCGAAGGGUCUCAACACUCAAGAUCUUGUCGCUCUUGUUGGAGGACACACGAUUGGUACUACAGCCUGCCAAUUCUUUAGGUACAGGCUUUACAAUUUCACUACAACCGGAAACGGAGCUGAUCCUUCCAUCAAUGCUGCAUUUGUUUCUCAGCUUCAAGCACUUUGUCCAGAGAACGGUGAUGGAUCAAGGAGGAUUGGACUGGACACUGGCAGCGCUAACAGAUUUGACAAUUCUUUCUUCGCAAAUUUGAGGGAUGGACGGGGAAUACUGGAGUCUGAUCAAAAAUUAUGGACUGACGCUUCCACCAGGACUGUUGUCCAACGUUUCUUGGGCAUUAGGGGCUUACUUGGAUUGACCUUCAACGUUGAAUUUGGAAGGUCCAUGGUGAAGAUGAGCAACAUCGAAGUGAAGACAGGCACUGCGGGUGAAAUCCGUAAAGUUUGCUCUAGAGUUAAUUAACUGAAACAUAUGGAGUAAAUGAUUCCUUGUUAACCAGCGUAAGCUGAUCCAUAUAAGAUGAAAAUAAUCUGAUAGAGAUAGUCGGAUAACCAAGUGGCUGAUCGAGGGGAAGCACUUGGCUAUACUAACUAGAAAAGUUCUUUAAUUCACUCUCGUCCUUUUAUUGUUUUUUUUCCAAAAACCAAUCAUUUAGGAAAAGAAAUGUCUUGUCUCUGGUUAAGUUGUCACAGUCUAAUGAGCGAUUUUAUACAUCAAGAGAGAUUGUAUAACUAUAGCGUAAUAAUUGCUGAUUGCUGAAAUUGUUGACCUUUUGUUCUGAAAAGCUAGGGAUUUAGUCUACGUUAAUUGAUUCGAUGGAUCCACAAACGAGCAAAUUCAAGUACUGUCAUUGACA